AUGUUUGUAUGGCGCAUUAGCCCCUUUAUAGCCGUCCUACCAUGGCUCAUAAUUGCCUGUAUGAACGGUACAUACCUCUCUUCUGCGCUCGCAAAGGUCCCCGAUGGUGCCUGGUUCACCAUCACGCUCGCCGCUAUACUCGCAUCCGUUCUUCUAGUGUGGAGAUUCGGCAAGGAACAGCAAUGGUUUGCCGAAGCCGAGGAUCGCUUUCCCACUUCGCAUUUUGUUACGAGAGACCGAUAUGGUGGCGUUCCUCUAAGCACAACGAAGGGCUUCGACAAGGCCGGCGAGACUACCCCAAUAGUCUUCAGCCACUUUGUUCUCAAGCUUACUGCGAUGCUAGAAGUUAGCGUCUUCUUCCAUCUAAGGCCCCUCGAGACUCCUUUGGUGGCACCAGAGAACCGGCACGCUGUUUCACGGCUUGCAAUCCCUAACUGCUACCAUCUUGUGGUUCGCUACGGAUACAACGACGAAAUCAUAACCCCAAAUCUUGCCUCCCUCAUCGCGGAACAGAUCCGCAGAUAUCUGAUUGAGAAUCAGAUCCUUUGA